AUGGCAAUCAUAAGAGAUCGAUUUGAACCUUUACUUGAUUAUGACUCCUUCGGGAAAACGGCUAAUGAUCAUAUGAGGUCAACUUUGAUUUUUGAUAAGAAGCAAUCUCUCUUUGCGAGUCAUAACAUUGACUACGGCCAGCCAAUAGCUUGUAUAUCAUACCCAUACAAUGAUUCUGGCUCAGGAGGGGUUUGGGCAGCCUAUGGGUCACGCACCAGCACUGCCUCUGUGUUGCAUCCCCAAAUUGCUGGUUGGGGCACAUCCGCAAGAGUUCCUUUGCCUCUGGAAUUAGCAGAGGAUGAGCCUAUAUAUGUCAAUCCCAAACAAUAUCACGGGAUACUUCGCAGAAGACAGUUACGUGCUAAGUUAGAGGCUCAGAACAAGCUAGUAAAAAACCGAAAGCCUUACCUUCACGAGUCUCGUCAUCUUCAUGCAAUGAAGAGGGCAAGAAGUUCCGGUGGACGCUUCCUUAAUACUAAGCAGCUCCAGCAGUCUCGCAAUGCCUCCACCAGGUCCACCACAAAUGGCACAAAUUCCUCGGGUUCAACUCAUGUAUGGCUUAGUGGUGGCGCAGCUGGAGAUCCAUCCAUGUUGGGGUCCAAAACAAUAGCCCCACAAGAGAAUAGCAAAAAGGCUUUUUCUUCGGCUCCUGCCUUCAGUGUGACUCCUAUGGUGCGCAAAGAUGAUGCCUUCUUCCAGCACCCCAGCCACCAUGUCAGCAUCUCAGGCCAUUUUGGCCAGGCAAGCGUGCAAGCGGGCAUCGGAGGCAUCCAUAACGGGACUCAGCAGAGGGUUCCCCUUAUCUGGUGA